AUGAGCCGUGCCGCCUACACGGUGGGAGCGCUGCUUCUCCUCUGGGGGACCCUGCUGCCGGCGGCCGAGGGGAAGAAGAAGGGGUCGCAAGGGGCCAUCCCCCCUCCGGACAAGGCCCAGCACAAUGACUCGGAGCAGACUCAGUGGGCCCAGCAGCCUGGCUCCAGGGGCCGGGGCCGGGGCCGGGGCGCGGCCCUGCCCGGGGAGGAGGUCCUGGAGUCCAGCCAAGAGGCCCUGCACGUGACCGAGCGCAAGUACCUGAAGCGAGACUGGUGCAAAACCCAGCCGCUGAAGCAGACGGUCCACGAGGAGGGCUGCAACAGCCGCACCGUCAUCAACCGCUUCUGCUACGGCCAGUGCAACUCCUUCUACAUCCCCAGGCACAUCCGCAAGGAGGAGGGCUCCUUCCAGUCCUGCUCCUUCUGCAAGCCCAAGAAGUUCACCACCAUGAUGGUCACGCUCAACUGCCCCCAGCUGCAGCCGCCCACCAGGAAGAAGAGGGUCACCCGCGUGAAGCAGUGCCGGUGCAUAUCCAUCGACCUGGACUAGGCCCCGCGGGCCCCG